AACACUUGCGCGGUGGACCGUUGGCCGACAGGCACUGCUGAUGGCAUGUAUGGGACAACGAUACACAUUGUGAGAAUCCUACCUAGACUGGCGCUAACACAAAGCUUCUGUCUCUCGCUGGCUCGACGCUGCUCGAAAUAUACCACGAUGAAGUUGGACACGCCCGAAUUUAAGUCCAUGUUCACACCAGAGUUGAAUUGCUUGGCGGAAAUAUUCCAGAAGCACAGCUACGAGGUUCGCAUUGCAGGGGGCGCUGUCAGAGACCUGCUCUGUAACAAGGUUCCGGACGACAUAGACCUCGCGACGACAGCGACACCGGACCAGAUGAAGGACAUGUUCACGCAGGAGGGAAUACGCAUGCUCAACACGAAGGGCGAGACGCACGGCACGAUCAUGACGCGCGUCAACGAUCUGCAGAACUUUGAGGUGACGACUCUGCGGAUAGACAGAGCGACGGACGGACGACACGCGGAGGUGGAGUUCACACAGGACUGGCAGCUGGACGCGAACAGACGAGAUCUUACCAUCAACUCCAUGUUCCUCGGCUUGGAUGGAACGCUGCACGACUAUUUCGGAGGGAGGGAGGAUCUAGAGAGGAGAAGGGUGGCGUUCGUGGGAGACCCGGCCUCGCGCAUACAGGAGGACUACCUCCGAAUCCUGCGCUACUUCAGGUUUUUCGGGAGGAUCAGCCCGGACCCCGGCGCGCACGAGACGGCCAUGUUGGAUGCCAUCAAGUCCAACAUGAACGGUCUGAAAGGAAUAUUCCGGGGAGAGGAUCUGGAUGGAACUGAGAAAGAUUUGCCAGCGGACGCUUCGCUGGUCCUAUCCUUAACCACGAUGACAUGCCAGUUAGAGCUUAACCUAGGAGAGCUGGCCAGGUGCAUGCCGAGUGAGCUCAACCUACCCAGAGCUGGAGCGUGUGUGGCAGCGUGCCGGUCACUACAGCUGAAGGCCAUGACUCUCAUUGCCGCCCUGCUGCACAACAUAGAGCAGGUGUUUGCAUUGGACGCGAGAUUGAAGGUUUCUAAUGAAGAACGCAAACUCUGUCUGUUUAUCGUCACUCACCGAGACGACCACCAGGUGGCGCCCGAUGUCACGCCGUCGACCACCAGGUGGCGCCGUUGCCACACUGACAUCCAGCAGGUGGCACCAGGUGUUGCUCUUGACGACCACCAUGGGGCACUAGGUGACGACCACCAGGGGGAGCCUGGCGUGGGUGUUGACCAGCAGGGGGCGCCGCCGGACCCGCUGCUCGCCUACAAGCGUCUCGUCCUCGACACGUACGGCAAGGACAAACAAUCGUUGGUCGUCGACCGAGCGUGCGAGCUGCUGGCUCUACCAGGGGGCGCCCGCUGGGCAGGCGUCGCGGCUGCGCGCAGUGGCAGCCGCCGGCGUUUCCCCGUCACGGGACGUAUGGUGAUAGAGCGCGCCGGCGUGCGGGGUGCGCGCGCGUGUCGGGGCGGCGGCCUGGAGCGGCUCAAGACGCUGUGGAGCGACAGUCGCUACACACUCACCCCCCCAGCUGCCCUAGGCUCAGCUACAACCCCCAGGGGCGCCGCACGACCACGUGACGGGGUCGGGCAUGGGGGGGGCGUGACAGUCGCUUCACACUCACCUUGUUACGAGGCUUUGGUGUGUAAAGUUUCCAAGUCUUAACUAUCUGUAGUGUGUUUAAACUAGAAUAUCUACAAAAGUCUAUAAAAGUGUUGUGGUUUUUGAAGAUCGAAUAAAGGCAGAAAUGUUACUGCAGGUCAAACAC